AUGCUUAGAAAAUGUGCUAAGGUCUCCUGGAGCCCAAGGGUAGCAACAAGCACAUCGGGUGUCUGUCCCCCAAUUAGAGCUAAUGGUGGCUCCUCAGUCGCUGCCCUGGCAGGUGCUCUAGUUAUGGCACAUGCCCCUUCUCGGCCUCUACCUCAGCUCCGACCUCUCGCGGCUCUAGCAGGGGGCGCAUGUGUCUGCUUAGCUAAUCCAGUAGUACGUGUCCUCACCAUUUAUCCAGAGAGAGUAUUUGAGAAAUUAGAAUGUUCGAAAGUUGCCAAAUUUAAGUAUGCCAUCUCACUGUUACAAAGGGAUGCUUAUGACUGGUGGGUAAGUGUACCAAAUGCCAAAGCAAAACCUCUGGUACUUACUUGGGAUGAUUUUGUCAAAGAAUUCCGCAUGAAGUAUGUCCCACCUGCUUAUCGUGAUACAAAGAAAAAGGAGUUUCUGGAUUUAAAGCAAAGGGUCCCGCAACAUGAAAUUGUUUCUAAACUAGUUAUAGCUGCUCUUACUUGGGAAAGAAUUGACAAGGAACAAGCUAGUAGAAAUGAAAACAGGUUCAGAAAAGCUAAUUCAGAUUAUGGCGGUCCCUCCAAAAGGGGGAAGUUUGACAAUUCCAAGACUGGUGGUGUUCACAAGUCAGCUCAGCAUAAGCAAAAUAGAUCAAAAUUUUCUACUGCUAGCACUCCAAGCUAUGGACAACGCAAGAAUCGUAUACCCACCUGUGCAGAGUGUAGAAAGAAUCACUUUGGUACUUGCAGGAAAGCUUCUUGUGCUUGUUUUAACUGUGGGAGCUUCGAUCACAAAGUGAAGGAUUGUCCUAAUCCUAACCUUCUUUAUUCUCCACGUACUGAAGGUUCAGUUCAGAAACCUACUCUCGCUCCUUCUCAAGGGAAUAGAGGUGCAAGAUCUAGAAACACCCAAACCACAGGUGAAGGUGGAGCUAAUCAAGCUAUUGGGUCAAGAGCUACAACACGAGCUUAUGCUAUGAGACAGAGGGAUGACCAAUAUGGGGCAGGAGUGGUUGUUGGUAAAUUUCACUUAUUUGGAUUAUAUGUUGUUACACUAUUUGAUCUUGGUUCUACACAUUCCUAUGUUUGCUCAUCACUUGUUUUUCUUGAAAAUGUGAAAUCUGUGAGACUUGAUUUUGGUGUGCUUGUUAGAAGUCCUUUGGGCCAUCAGAUUGUUUGUAAUCAGAUGUAUCGAGGUUGUCCCUUCGAGAUUCAAAAUCUAGUCUUCCCUGCUGAUCUGAUUGAAAUGCCUUUCUAA